AUGAACUGCAUGGAGCCGAUCGCGCCCAGGAAGGAGACGAUCGACACGGCCAGCAUGUGCGCCGCCAGCCAGCGGAAGUUGAAGAUCGGGCAGGCCACGGGCGUCCUCGCCGCCGCUAUCUGCUAUCUGCUGCUUCGCCUCCGCCCUCGCCGACUGUGCGCUGGGAGCGGCCGCACGCGCUCGCCGUCGCGACCGCGUAGCCCACCGCCGUGCGGACGACCAGGCAGGUCGACCGCGGGGCGGCGUCGUCCGCCGCUGGGGGUCCUGACGCCGCGGCCUCCAGGCGCGGGGCCGCGGCUGCGGGCGUAG